AUGGAUCGAAUGUUAUUCGAAGCUGCAAGGACAGGGAAUACAGAACACUUGCACAAUCUUUUGAAAGAUUACCCUCUUUUACUUGACACUAUUGCAUUAGGAGGCAGAGAAAAUCCUCUUCAUAUUGCUUGUAUUGUAGGACACACAGAUUUUGCAAGAGAGUUGAUUAGACUAAAGAGAGAAUUUACUGAAGAACUGAAUCAAGAUGGUCUAAGUCCACUUCAUAUUGUAGUUAAGUUGCUGCUCCGCAAGCAAGUUACUCCAAGGAGCGCGGUGGAGGUGAAUUCUUCAAACGAGAGGGGUCUAACGCCACUGGAUGUUUUAGGAUUAUUUCAAAGUGAAGCAGGUGAGAGGGAAAUUGAAGAGAUGCUUAGAGAGGCUGGAGCGAUGAGGGCUAGAGAAUCACAAAUUGCAUCACAAGAAUCAGCGAUUCGUGUUAAUGUAGAAAGUAGAUCAAGAUCACCAGCUAAGAAAUUGCUUGACUACUUUAAAUAUGAUACAAUUAAAUAUUCCCCUGGUAGUGUGAGGAACACAUUGCUAGUGUUAGCAGUACUCAUUGCAACAGCAACUUACCAGGCUGUUCUCAGUCCUCUUGGUGGUGUUUGGCAAGACGAUGACUCACGUACUGGCAUCAACAAUGGCACACCUCAUGUUGCAGGGGAAUCAAUUAUGGUAUACCAUAAUCCAAAAUCAUAUCGCAUAUUCUUGAUUUGCAACUCAGUUGGCUUCUUUACAUCUCUUCACAUGAUCAAUUUCCUCACAAAUGGAUUUCCUAUGAGAACUAGAGCUGCAAGUUUCGAUUACAUCCCUUGUUUUCACUUAUAAUACUUUUAUG